CCAAUUCGAUACUCUAGCAAAGAUAUGUGGUUCAUGGUACCAUUGGAUAAAGAUAGUAUUGGUUGCCGUCAUCCAAAUGGAACAUAGUUCUUCAUGCUCCUCGAGUCCACCUCAUCAUCGCCAUCCUUACCGUACACCUAGUGAAGAAAUUAGAUAUCAUCGCCACAAAAAGAGAUACCCGGAAUGGGUGAUACGGCAAGAUAAAUUAAGAGAGCAUUACGAACUUAAGCGUAGAAAGAUUGAAGAAUAUGAUAAAAAAUAUAAAUUGAAAGGAGAUCAAAUGAUGCGAUCAGGAAAACACUCAAGAAGAUCCUCGCAUCGAAGUCGAAGUGAAGUGAGAUCUGAGAAUCGUCGCAGCAGAGAUCGUAGACGGAGUCCUCAACCCACAAAUAUGUCGCCAACGUUGGAGUCGUCAGAUAGUAGUAUUCCCUUAUUCAAGGGCGGCUCGGAAAUGAAAACUGACCUGAUCGAACUUCGUCGCAUAAAAGUAGCUAUUCAUCGAAAUAUUCCUGCCUCAAGUACAUCAAAUCGUGAGCUCCAGCGUAAAAUUGUCGAUCCGAAGGAAGUCACCAUAAAAAGGCGAGAGGAUGAAGGAAUAAAAUCGAUAUUUGAUCGGGACGAAGUAAAGAAUUUUAAAUGUUCGACGUCUACCGAGGAAGUAGAAGAACACCGAACAGUUAAAACAAUCGACACUGAAAGAACAGGAAAGAAGAUGCAUUCGUCAAAAAGACGUUCUCAAGAGAUUUUUUCAAGAAGACGUGAUAAAGGUCCCAAAGAGGCGACGUUAUCUCCAUUCAGGCGCAACGAAGGCCACCAGAACCGCAAUCGGGAAGACGAAAGAGGAGAUCAAUGGCAUCGUCUAGACAGGAAAGAAUAUUCAGCAACGCGCAGGUCGUCUCGUGAACGCUCGUAUUCUGAAGGAAGAAACUGGCGCGAUUCAGAACAUGAUCGUUCAUAUCGAAAUAAACAUUGGUACAGAGAAUCUCGUGGAAGAUCAAGAGAACGAAGAGAGCGUCAAAGUUCGAUUGAAGAAAUUAGGAAAAAGGCAAUUACGAAAUACAAAGAUGCCCACCAAAGCCGUAGUCGAGAAAACAUAAAAAGAGAUCGGUUGCAUGAUCUAGAUCGGAAAGAAUUUUUCUCAAAACGCAGGUCAUCUCGUGAUAGCUCAUAUUCUGAAGAAAGAAAACGAAGUUAUUCAAAACAUGAUCAUUUAUCUCGAAAUGGACAGUCAUGUCGAGAAUAUCGAGAAAGAUCAAGAGAAGGGAGAGAGAGAGAAAGAUCUGUUGACGAAAGAAAUAUGGAGCAACCUAGAGAUAGAAGAAUGUCUCCCAUACCUAAUUAUAUAACACAAGUACCAUUUAGUGUUCGUAUUCCUGUCCCUGUUCUCGUAUGUUGUCAUGGGAAUUUUCCUCCAAGACCACUAAUGAUGGGUGGUCCUUUGAUGCCAUAUCGGGGACCCUUAAUGAGAAAUAGGUUUCCGAUCGAACCAAGCUUCUCUUUACCGCCACGAUAUACGCAUGCAGAUAUUUAGUCGUCCAUUGCCACCAAAUUCACAAUUCAAUUGCAUGUUUUGGAUGGAAAUCUCAACGUUGUAACCUGCCUUCAAACUUUGUUUGCAUUGUAUGCAGUUUAUGCCUUCUUCUUAAAACCUGAAAAACGUUAUUAGGAUAUGUUCUGCGUUUAUAAAGUGAUCAAAGGCUUUGUGAUGACUCCAUAUACGCCUAAGGAAUCUGUAAAUAAUCUUUAUACUUCUUAUUUCCUAAAAUGUGUUCAAUGUACUUAUCUUAACACAUCUUAGAACUUUUGAUAACUUUUAAUUUUCAGUUAAUAUUUCACUCAGAAAUUCAUGUACAUAUUUUUAUAAUUGGGUGCAAAAACACCCGAGGUGUACAAUGUACUUCCGCCUAUUUGAAAUACCCUAUGCGUAGUUAUUUGAAAUGGCGCAGUUUCGUCACCUCCCACCGCGCCCUGUACGCUCUCAUCUGCGUCAGUGCUGACCAAUUAAAGAGAGACCCGAAUAGCGCUUUUCGACACAUGCGCAGUUGAAAAAGUUGCUUAAAGCACCCUCAUCGAUACAAGACCCGGGAUUUGGCCGCAAAUGGGUGCUAAUCUGAAAACCUGCACCCGAUCCCAGCGAAAUCGCAGUAAAAAUUAUACCGUAAACACGUCUCACGACCGUUAAAUAGGUGGUGAGAGAUAGGUGAGGAAGAUAUUUUCAUAAAGUCAGAUUUUGUGACAUCUCCAUACGCGGUUAAGUUUCCGAUGAUUAGUUAAUCACUGUCCCAACUUCUUAAAAUAUGUUAGAGGUGCUCAUUUUAACUCCUUAAAUGUGUUAAAAUUUAUAAUAGUUUUUUAUAUUCAGUCCAUAUUUUAUUAUUAUAAUCUACGUAUUUGCAUGUACCUACAUUAAAUAUGUAUAUUAUGUAUGCGUUAAUUCAAAAAAUAUAUAGCGAGCUGAAAACAUAAAA